CCCCAUCACAGUCCCGCACGGACACAGAAACACCACCGGAGUAAAGCUUCCUCAGCUCUCCUGCAGCCCUAACCCACACACAGAGAAAAUGGAGGACGAAAUCGCCGCCCUCGUCGUUGACAAUGGCUCUGGAAUGUGCAAAGCUGGCUUUGCCGGAGACGACGCUCCACGCGCUGUGUUCCCCUCCAUUGUGGGGCGCCCCAGGCAUCAGGGUGUGAUGGUGGGUAUGGGCCAGAAGGACAGCUAUGUGGGAGACGAGGCCCAGAGCAAGAGGGGCAUCCUGACCCUCAAGUACCCCAUUGAACAUGGCAUUGUUACCAACUGGGAUGACAUGGAAAAGAUCUGGCAUCACACCUUCUACAACGAGCUCCGAGUGGCCCCUGAAGAGCACCCAGUCCUGCUCACCGAAGCGCCUCUCAACCCCAAGGCCAACAGGGAGAAGAUGACCCAGAUCAUGUUUGAGACAUUCAACACCCCAGCGAUGUACGUUGCCAUCCAGGCCGUGCUAUCACUGUAUGCCUCUGGUCGCACCACGGGCAUCGUCAUGGACUCCGGGGAUGGCGUCACCCACACUGUGCCCAUCUACGAGGGCUACGCUCUGCCCCACGCCAUCCUUCGUUUGGACCUGGCAGGCCGGGACCUCACAGACUACCUCAUGAAGAUCCUAACUGAGAGGGGCUACAGCUUCACCACCACAGCUGAGCGUGAGAUUGUGCGUGACAUUAAGGAGAAGCUGUGCUAUGUGGCUCUGGACUUUGAGCAGGAGAUGAACACAGCAGCCUCCUCUUCCUCUCUGGAGAAGAGCUAUGAGCUGCCUGAUGGCCAGGUCAUCACGAUCGGCAACGAGAGGUUCAGGUGCCCAGAGUCCCUGUUCCAACCCUCCUUCCUUGGUAUGGAAUCCUGUGGAAUUCACGAGACCACCUUCAACAGCAUCAUGAAGUGCGACGUGGACAUCCGUAAAGACCUGUACGCCAAUACAGUACUGUCAGGAGGUACCACCAUGUACCCAGGAAUUGCUGACCGCAUGCAGAAGGAGAUCACCGCCCUGGCCCCCACCACCAUGAAGAUCAAGAUCAUCGCUCCCCCAGAAAGGAAGUACUCUGUCUGGAUUGGAGGCUCUAUCCUGGCCUCCCUGUCCACCUUCCAGCAAAUGUGGAUCUCCAAGCAGGAAUAUGAUGAAUCCGGCCCCAGCAUUGUGCACAGGAAAUGCUUCUAAACUGACUGUCACCCCUUCACCCAUCCACUCCCGUCUCCCCCUUUUAAAAACCACCUCCACACACUGCUAUGAACCCGAACAGCUGGCCCCACCUGCCCCCAGAACACAUGGGCCGAUGGGCUCCGGACACGUUCCCAAACCGCGUGGGGAGCAACCUUGUCGUUCACGGUCAUUCCAGAUGUUUUGUUCACAAUCUUAUUUGCCUCUAUGAAGGUCUUGUCCUCUGGGUCCUAAUGCCCGACUGCUCUGUAGUAUUGCCUAUUAAAAUGUAAAUUAUGUAAUCUGAAUUGUUUUUGUACUUUCAGCCUUAAGGAUACUUGGUCAGUGUGUUGUGUAAAAGUGUCUGCCUUGUCUAAAAGGUGGACAGAGGUUUGUGUAGACGCCAUGCAGAAAUCAGUCCAAUAAAGCGCACAUGUCUGAGUUCAAA